GUGAGCAAUAGCAUACCAUCCCUCUACUGAGACCAUCUGGUUUGAUGAGGGGGAUGGUCAGAGCAGCCAAUGGGCAGAAUUGCGAGCCGUGUGGAUGGUCAUAACUAAAGAACCUGGUGACGGCGUCCUGAACAUCUGUACAGAUAGUUGGGCUGUGUACCGGGGGCUCACUCUGUGGAUUACGCAAUGGGCUACCCAGGAAUGGACUAUCCACGCCCGACCGAUUUGGGGUAAAGACAUGUGGGUAGACAUUUGGAAUACGGUCAAACACAGGACAGUAUGUGUCUACCAUGUCUCUGGUCAUCAACCCUUGCAGUCACCAGGAAAUGAUGAAGCUGACACACUGGCCCGAAUCCGAUGGAUUGAGAAUUCACAAUCUGAAAAUAUUGCCCGUUGGUUACAUCAGAAGCUACGGCAUGCUGGACAGAAGAUAAUGUGGGCAGCUGCUAAAGCAUGGGGGCUGCCUGUACAACUAUCUGAUAUCGUUCAAGCAUGUCAGGAUUGCGAUGCUUGCUCAAAGAUGAGACCGAGACCGUUGCCUGAAACAACAUCCCACAUUGCUAGAGGAUAUAGUCCUCUUCAGAGAUGGCAGGUCGACUACAUUGGGCCCCUCCCUCGGUCUGAGGGGGCGAGAUAUGCCCUGACCUGCGUUGACACUGUAAGUGGACUGCUGCAAGCCUAUCCUGUACCAAAGGCAAAUCAAGCAUACACAAUUAAGGCACUUACUAAACUGAUGUCUGCAUACGGGACACCUCAAGUUAUCGAGAGUGACCAAGGGACUCACUUCACUGGAGCGAUGAUACAGCGCUGGGCAGAAGAAAACAACAUUGAAUGGCGAUUCCACCUGCCAUAUAACCCAACAGGGGCAGGCCUUAUUGAACGUUAUAAUGGUAUCCUUAAGGCUGCCCUGAAAACAGACUCUCAGUCCCUGCAGGGGUGGACAAAAAGAUUAUAUGAAACCGUGCGGGACCUGAAUGAAAGACCUCGGGAUGGCAGACCCAGUGCCCUGAAAAUGUUACAAACUAUAUGGGCCUCCAAUUUGGGAUCCAAUUUGGGAUCCAAAUUACAGGUACUGAUAAUGAAGUAAAACCGCAGGUUGGUACUGAAAAUAAUCUUCUGCUCCCUGCCCCUGAGAAUUUAGAACCGGGAAUCCAUAAGAUAAAUUGGCCUUGGAAGGUGCAGGUAGGACCCAAAUGGUGUGGCCUACUUGCACCUUGGGGGAGAUUAUUGGAGGUGGGAGGUUCAGUCACCCCCUCGGUGAUAGGUACAUGGCCUACUGACAUCGUGGUCAAUACUCCGGCCUUUAUUGCUAAAGGAACACCUAUUAUGUCCCUAUGGCAGAUCAAGACUCCUCCUCUGGUGCCAGAUAUAGUUAUACAGCCACAGAUAUCUGGCCAGAGGGUAUGGUAUCGGAGGCCGGGACAUAAUCCAGUACAAGCAGAAGUAUUGACCCAAGAUAAGAAUACGGCCUGUAUCUUGCCCUGGAGGGCGGAUCUUCCCCUCCUAGUACCCUUGAAACAUCUAUAUUACUCCCCUUAAGAUUGAUUCUAAGCCUCUAGGACCAUUACUCUGGACUGAUGAAACGCAGACGGACCUGCACUUCAAGAUGAUUUGUCUCCGGUAACAUCUAUCAAGCACUGGCCCAUGGAAGAUCAUAAACACCCAUCCAAUCAUCAUCAUUUGAAUAAUAUCAACAUCUAAUGCGACGGGAGAUUGUAUCAGCGUCGUGAUUGGGUCUCUGUAAUAAGGGGAACUCACCUAAUCAUUGGUUCACGUUGUGAAGGGGUGGAGUGUAUGGGAGAUCACAAUGUGAACCACUGAUUGAUCAGCUGAGGCAAGUGUGGGGUCAGCUGUGGGAGCACAGGU